AUGGGGGAUGUCCCGGACCCCUUGCCCCUCGUCGCCCCCACCCUCGCCCCCCACCACUGCCCCGCGCUGGCCGCCAUGCCAAUCAUCUCCGCCGCCCUUCCACCCGCCCUAGCUCCCUCCGCCGAUCGCGCCGACCCCGUUCCCGCGCUUCCCCCCACGGUGCCUUCCCGCCUGCAGGCGCGGCUGUCCGCGCUUGGGCACGGCGCAGCCAGCAGCACGUGCCUGGCGGAAAUGCGCGCUCUCUCUCCCCCACGCGGCUCCUGCUCCGAUGACGCGCUGCUGCGCCACAGCGCGGGUGCAGUGCCGAUUGGCGGAGGGGAUCGGGGAGGAGCGGGGGAGCUGGGGAACGAAGCGGAGGGAGGGGGAGUGGUGAUGGUGGGCAACGGAGUGGUGGUAGAUGUAGAGCGGUUGAAAGCAGCUCAAUACGAUGCAUGGAUGCUGAAGCACCCCUCCGCGCUCGCGAGUUUCGACCGCCUAGCGGCACUAAUGGAGGGGCGGCAGGUCGCGGUGUUCCUCGAUUACGACGGCACGCUGUCCCCGAUAGUGGACGACCCCGAUAAAGCCUAUAUGAGCUCUGCGAUGCGUGCGGCAGUGCGCGGCGUGGCUGCGCACUUCCCCGCGGCUAUCAUUAGCGGGCGCGGGCGCGAGAAAGUGCUAUCAUUUGUUCAGCUGCCCGAACUCUACUACGCGGGCAGCCACGGCAUGGACAUCAUGCUGCCCGCGCGCAAAGGGGGAGAGGCGAACGCGGAGGGGGAAGGUGAAGGGAACGCGGAAGAGAACGGGGUAGGGGGAGGGGGAGAUGGCGGAAAGGGGAAGGGGGGAGGGAGCAAGGGCGUGCACGUGCAAGGCGCGCAGAGUGUGGACGAGAAGGGGCAUCACGUGGUGCUGUUCCAGCCCGCCAGCCGGUUCGCUGGGCUCAUGAGUCAGGUGUGCAAUGAGCUGAGGGAGCGGUUGAAAGGGGUGCAGGGGGCGCACGUGGAGAACAACAAGUUCUGCGUCAGCGUGCAUUUCAGACGCGUGCCUGAGGAGCUGUGGGAGCAGCAGGCGGAGGUGGUGACUCAGUUGGUGGCACAGCACCCCGAGCUGCGCACCAGCCAUGGCAGGAAGGUGCUGGAGAUCCGGCCAGUGGUGGACUGGGACAAGGGCAAGGCCGUUGCUUACCUCCUCACCACUCUCGGGCUGAGUGGGGACGACUCAGUGCUGCCGGUGUACAUUGGAGAUGACCGCACCGAUGAAGACGCCUUCAAGAUGCUGCAGGAGCGGGGGUCGGGGUGUGGCAUUAUAGUUUCCGCAGCACCCAAGCCCUCUGCUGCUACCUUCUCGCUCAGAGAUCCCUCCGAGGUGAAGCAGAGCAGGCCAUGCAGGGAGGGAUGGGAAGUGGUGGGGAGUGGUCAGAGGUGGUGGGGAGGGGCAGGGGGGGCUGGGGCGGAGUUGAGAGGGGUGGAAAGGGGUGGGGGGAUGUGGGGCCAUUUCUUGUCUCUCAUCUCCCUGCUCGCCCCCCUCUCCUUCCUCUCCCUCCUCUCCCUUGACUCCCCCCUUUCCAACUCUCUCCCCCCGUCCCUCCUCUCCUUCCUCUCCAUCGCCUCCGUCCUCUUCCUCCUCUCUCCCGCUCCCUCCGCUCCCUCCCCUCCUCUCCCUCCUCUCCCUACCCGCCCUCCUCUCCCUCUUGUCCCUGCUGUCGCACCAGCGAGGUACCUCCAAAUCCGAACUCUUCUCAACUCCUUUCCACUCCUGGCUAUCCCAUCCCGCUCUUCUUCUCUUCGUCGCCGCGCAGGGAAGGUCGACUGGAUAAACAAGCGAAGCUUCCUCGUGAAGAACAAGGUGGUUGGCGUGCCUCCCGCGGAAGCCGCGCGCCUUGCGAAGGAGGAGGGCCACGUCAUCAUUGACGUCAGAACGGUGGCGGAGUACAACGAGGUGCACCCCGAGGGCGCGGUGGGCGUGGAGUUCUACCGGCUGAUCAAGGAGUGGACGCCGUACCACGUGCUGCGCCGCGCCGCCUUCGCCUUCUUUGGCGUGCUCAACGGCACCGAGGAGAACCCCGAGUUCCUCAAACAGGUGGAGGCAGCAGUUCCGGACAAGGAGACCCCAAUUAUCCUUGCGUGCAUGCCGGGCGGCACACUCAAGCCUACCCAGAACUUCCCGUACGGCAAGGAGUCGAGGUCUUUAAAUGCCGCUAAUGUGCUUGUGAAAAAUGGGUACAAGAAUGUUCGCCACAUCGAGGGUGGGGUUAAUUUCAGCGACUCUCGAAGUGAUCUUCACGGCUCGUCCCUGCAAGGGAGCCGCCGCCAAGGCCUUGUUCCUCCUCGCCUGCCUCACCGCUGCGUUGCUACUCUCGCUCCGGCGCGCGGCGCCGCCGCGGCUGCUGACGCUGCGAAACCCGCCAACGCCAGUGCCGGAAUCUCAACUGCGAAAUCCGCUAACGCGACCGCCAAAAACGCGACCGCCGCCGGGAAAGCUACUGCCGGCAACGCGACUGCCGGGCGUGGGAAUGAGCCUCUGGCGGCAACGGCGAAGCUGAGCAAGAACGCGGGCGUGGGGAAGGCGACGUCGUGCGAGUACUACAGCAACUACAGCAGCAACGCGUACUUCGGCAUGGGGCUCACCGCCACGCUGUCGCCCGACACGUGGUACAAGCGCUGCGGCGCGUGCUACCUUGUGCAGUGCGCCAACGACACGAAGCGGUGCCGCGGAGACAAGGCGGCGGUGACGGUGCGCGUGGUGGGCGAGGGCAAGGCGGCGAAGCAACUGUCGCUGUCGCGCGUGGCGUGCGGCAAGAUCGUGAAGGGCGACGCGGCGAGCCCUGUGAACAUCACGUACAAGCGCACGUCGUGUGUGUCUACCGCGGGAUCCGCCGUGCGCGUGCGACGCGACGCGACGGCCGACAAGUUCAAGAUCCAGCUGGUGGGGCUGGCGGGCCCUGGCACGCUGUCUCAGGUGGAGCUGAGCGCGGACGGCAGCAAGUGGGUGAACCUCACGCGCGACAGCAGCAAGGCCGUGUGGGUGGCGGGCGCGGACGCCAAGCAGGUGGUGGGAGCCAAGAAGGCCAUGAGCGUUCGGCUCACGGCGCCCCACACGCUCGAGAAGAUCACGCUCUCGACCGUCACUCCUGCCAACUGGAAGGCCGCUGGGCUGUACAGCUCCAAGGCUCAGGCCGAGCGGUACCGACAACGCUGUGAGGCGAGCCUUGGCGAACUGGUCAAGAGACAGGUUGUUCUUGUAGACGAAGGAGUGGAGGCCGUGAUAAGCGAACCCGCAGUAGUUGGCUUGCAAGGGGAUCUGCCUCUGUCUUCCACACCUGAGGGCGAGGAGGACGAGAAGUCGGCAGAAAUUCAGACGCGUAGGCGAGCGCAAGUAGAGGAAGUGGGAGGAAGGGAUGAGCCUGAAUGCGCGUUGAAAGAGCAAGCGACGUUGUCCGUUGAGGACGGAGAGCUCCCUGUCGCACAUAGCUCUCCCGUGCCAUCGAACACCCCUACGAACGUUGCGACGCACUGUGCGACGGUGCCGUCGGACGACGACGAUGCGCUGCUCCAGGCGGCGCUGGCAAUUCCUCCGCCCGCGCGGCACCAGCUGCCCCGCACGCCCCUGCCGCAAGCAACCGUUCCAGCAGGCGACGCCGCUGAUCCGUGUCCGGCAGUGGCAGUUGAUAAGGUAGUGGAGGGCGAUAUGACAGUCAGGCUGGAUUUGGACUCAGAGACUGGUCCAGGCUUGACGAAUGUUCAGGAAGACCGUUCUGCUAGAAUCCAGCAGGACGAGGUAGAUGCGCGGGUGUUGGCGGUGGGAGGUGGGCAGCAGUCGGCGGAAGAGCGUUGCAGAGACGCUGAUCCGCCCGGGGCGGGUGAGUGGAGGCGAGUUGCGCGAGAGGCGGCGGAGAAGCGGCGGCUUGCGGAGGAGGAGCUGAGGCGCGCGGAGGCGGUGGCGGAAGAUGUGCGGAAGGAGAAUGAGAAGCUGAGGGACAUGCUGCGGUGUUUCGAGCACACAGUGGUAGAUGAGUCGGGGCGAGCGCUGCUCCGGCAGAUCCUUGACGCCCUCCGCCACCACGGUGACGCGUCUCCCCCUCCAGCCACCUGUGCGGCUCCUCCUCCGGCGCCCUCCGCCUGCGAACCCGCUGAAGCUGUGCCGCUACCCUCUCCCGCUCCUCCAACUGCUGCUGAACUCGUUGCGGCUACUGUUGCCAGCUUGGACAAUCAUCCAGCUUCCGCAGAGGAGGCAGAGGGGGACUGCACAGAUGCGAUGAGGGGUUGGACUCAAGGGAACGGCCAGGAAGGUGCUUUCAUUUCGGCCCCCAGCCCUUGUGCUUCGCCGCUUCCCGCUGUUCCCCGCAACUCCAUCACUCACUGGCCUAACGUUGUAAUGGGGAGUGAGGUUGGAGGAGGCGCAGAUGGGAUGGGCGCAUGCGGGGAAGAACGCUUAGAGGAGCAAAGCGCAGAUGGCGGAAAAGGCCGGGAGGAGAGCAGCGCGGAUGGCGGAAGAGGCCGAGAGCAGAGCAGCGCAGGUGGCGGGAGCGGCGUCGAUUUGCAGGACAUGAUCCAGAGGCUGCGCGCACGUAGCCUUCGCGCGCUGACGCAAGCGCAGGCGGAGAGGCGCGCAGAGGAAGAGGGCGCACGCGCUGCGCCAACGAGAGAUGCGGGAGAGGGGGAUGCGGAGGGGGAAGGGCUUGUCAAUGAUGCCAGCGCUGCUGCUGGCGGUGGUGGUGGCGGUGGUGGUGGUGGUGGUGAUGAUGAUGACGGUUCACAUGCUGCUGCGAAUGCUGCUGGCCCUGAUGCUGCUGCUGCAGGGACGAGGAACGGAAGGAGCAGGAGCAGGAACACGGGCAUGAGCGAGAGUGGUAUGAAUGAAAGGGAGGGGCUGGUUGACUGUGGAAGAGCAGUGGCGGCGCGCAAGGGACGGAAGAGAGCAGGGGAGAGCCAGGGAAGGAGUUAUGAGUCAGGGAGGGUGACUCGGAGUAAGACACGGAAGAGUGCAGGGCAGGGGCACGGGGAAGAGGAGGAGAGGGAGGGAGGGGAUGGAUGCAGCGAAGAUGCGUUGGCUCCUGCUACGGAUGGGAAACAAGUCUUUCUUACACCACCCCUGGUGCCUAUCGAAGGAGGGGAUGAGAAGCAAGGCUCUGCAGGGGAGGACUGUGAGGACGCAGCAGUUUUGGGCAGCACGAAAUGCGUAGAGACAACAAGGGCCAGCCCGGCUUGCAGCCAAGUGGCAAGUGCCCUGGGAUUGACUAGAGCACCCAUGGUGGUUGAGGUAUCACACACGGCUGGGGAGAGUGCAAGGGGGAGAGCAGGCAGUGCUGCAGCAGCGAGCCAGCAGACCCGCUCCACGUCCCUCUCUGCAGCUAAGUGCCUGGUUGCCCUGGGGACGCACUCUCCUGUGCUGACUACCUUCUUCCAGCGGGCGUGA